UCCUAUUUCGCCAUGAUCGGGUGGGAAGAUGCUUAUAAGGUGGUGGCCGCCAUGGCGCCAUUGUACUUCGCCUUGGCGCUUGGCUAUGGCUCUGUGAGGUGGUGGAAAAUCUUCAGCACUGAACAGUGCGACGCCAUUAACAAACUCGUCUGUUACUUCACUCUCCCUCUCUUCACCUUCGACUUCACUUCCCACAUCGACCCUUUUCACCUGAACUUCCCUUUCAUUGCCGCCGACGCCAUCUCGAAGCUCCUCAUCGUCGUCGUUUUGGCCUUCUGGGCCAGAUGCACCCCCAAAGGGAGCUAUUGUUGGUCCAUCACUAGCUUCUCCCUCUCCACUCUCACGAACUCGCUCGUUGUUGGCGUCCCGCUCGCCAAGAUCAUGUAUGGUCAGAUGGCCGUGGACCUCGUCGUGCAGGGUUCAGUGGUUCAGGCCAUUGUUUGGCUGACAAUACUGUUAUUUGUGCUGGAACUUCGACGAACGAGGUUGGAUUUGGUUGCGGGGGAAGCUUCUUCGAGCUUCGGCCCCGGGGACCAUGGGAAAGCUCUACAAAUGGUGGAAGAGGGAAGGAAGAAUUUGGAGGGAGAGGCCAUGGAGGUUGAGGGAAGAGAAACAAGCAACAGCCAUAGGGCUUCUUUCAAGCCUUUGAUGAAGAAAGUUUGGCUCAAAUUGGCUGCAAAUCCCAACUCUUAUGCUUGUAUCAUUGGUUUUGCUUGGGCAUUUGUUGCAAAAAGGUGGCAUAUUGAAAUGCCUAGCAUUAUGGAAGGAUCUAUUUUAAUCAUGUCAAAAGCUGGGAUUGGCACUGCCAUGUUUAAUAUGGGAAUCUUCAUGGCACUGCAAGAGAAGUUGAUAGCCUGUGGAGCUAGCCUUACCAUAAUAGGAAUGGUUUUAAAGUUCAUUGCUGGACCAGCUGCCAUGGCUAUUGGCUCCAUGGCCAUGGGCUUGCAUGGUGAUGUUCUACGCGUAGCUAUCAUCCAGGCAGCAGUACCACAGUCUAUUACAUCAUUUAUUUAUGCCAAAGAAUAUGGCUUACAUGCAGAAGUUCUUAGCACAGCGGUGAUUUUUGGGGCAAUAGUUUCUCUUCCUGUGUUGGUUGCUUAUUAUGCAGCAUUAGAGUUUGUACAUUGACCCUUUUACGAGGUCUCAUCCCCACAUUUUUAAAGAAUGAGAAAAAGGGAAGGUUAGAAUUGGAUUAUUAGGACUCCAUUUUAAUUAAUUAGUUCACUUAACUUUUUUUUUUUUCA